AUGGCUGUGGAUGUUGGGGACCCCAAGAGUGGUUUCCGCCACUGCGACGUGGUUGUGUUUAUCAAUGAAGAGGUGCUGAGGAAUGGUGGUGGCCCGAGCUUCUACCUGACCUUCCGUUCACGGCCCUGGAAGGAUAUAGAAGAUGGUCUGAAGUCUGUCGUGGCUGAUACCCGUGUACCACGCACCAUCAAGAGGGCCUGCGCCUGGAGUGCUCUUGCCCUGGGAGUGAGAGUGGCUAAGAGGCAACGAGAAAAGCAGUCACAACGUGUCCAGCAGCUGCACAAUCAGAUAGAAGAGCACGAGGCAGCCACCUGGACUUUGGCCACAGACCUGCAACGGCUGCGUGAUGAGCGUGACGAAGUGGUCUCUGAGCUUCGCAGUGCAAGAGACAACCUGAAGCAAGUGCUACACGAGUGUGAUAUGCUGCACAAGAGGCUGAUUGAGUUCGACCUGUCACAGCAACUUCUCGCUGAGAUGCAAGAUACUGAGUAUCCGGGUACUCUGCCGUGGCCCCUAAUUAUCAAAGAACAUAUAGAGGCUCUUGACACAGACUUGCAGAGUGGGCAAUAUGCAAUGACCCCGAAGAAAGACCAGAUGGCAUCCGUAACAGUUCUAGAAACUUUGCAUGAAGCUGAAGAAUUCUCAGCUUCCAGUGUGUGA